AUGGAACCACAUCUAGAUGCUAACGGUGUAUGGGAAGCGGUAGAACAAGACUACGAAGUGGCUCCCUUCCCAGAUAAUCCUACGAUUGCUCAAAUGAAAAAUCACAAAGAAAGCAAGCUUCGAAAGUCCAAAACCAAAUCAAUUUUGUUCACAACUGUAUCUCCAGUCAUUUUCAACAGAAUAAUGACAUUGAAAACGGCACAUGAAAUCUGGAAGUUUUUGAAGGAAGAGUAUGAAGGCAAUAAGAGAGUCAAAGGAAUACAAGCUUUGAAUCUAGUUCGAGAACUUGAGAUGCAGUGGAUGAAAGAUUUAGAGACAAUAAAAGAUUAUGUAGACAAGCUUCUCGUCAUUGCAAACAAAAUACGACUUCUAGGCAUUGAGAUUCCCGAUUCUCGAAUUGUUCACAAAAUACUUGUAACAAUUCCAGAAAGAUAUGAAGCCACAUUAACUUCCUUGGAGAACUCAAAAGAUCUUUCUACUAUUACCUUAGCAGAACUUUUGGCAGCACUUCAGGCUCCAGAACAAAGAAGACUCAUGAGAGAAGAAGGUCAUAUUGAAGGGGCUUUGACAGCUAAAUUGCUGAAAAAAAGGUCAGGAUGUUUCAACCACAAAAAUAAUAACAAAUCCUCUCAUGUUUUUCCAUCAUGUCCUUUUUGUAAGAAAAAUAAUCAUCCACAUACAAAGUGUUGGUGGAGGCCAGAUGUGAAAUGCCAUAAAUGUGGACAAUUAGGGAUGUGGAGAAAAUAUGCAAGUCAUCAGAAUAACAAGAGAAUGUACAAGUUGUGGUUGAAGACAGUGAUGAAGAAGAACUUUUUGUUGUUUCUUGCUUUGCUACUGCAAGAUCAACAGAAAGUUGGCUAA